AUGAUCGAAUUCGAUAACUGCACGUUACACGUGCCAGCGGGGAUCUCUUCUCCACCGCCGCCCCCAGCUGCCGGCGUCGGGGCUUCUGGAGCUUCGGUAGCAUCCUCCUCACCAUCGUCAGUCCCCGGUGGACUGGCUACUGUAGUUCCGGCGGAUACCUCUUCCGGAGGUAUCAUACGAACACAUGAGUUGGUUAAGGGGAUUAAAAAGGUGAAAAAGAUGAAAAAGAAUAGACGGAGCGUCGUAGUCAUGGUAGAUCACAAAAAUGAAUAA